UGCUAGCUCAAUGGUGCACUUAAGGAGCCUUUAAAAAACUUUUAUUUUAUUUAAGAGGUGGAGGAAAGAGAGUGAGCACGAGAGAGUGAGAUGCCACCAGCUGGUUCACUCCCCAAUGCCCACAACUCCCAGGGCUGGACCAGGCUGAAGCUGGGAGCCCAGAACUGAAUCCAAGUCUCCCUCAUGGGUGGCAGGGAUCCAGCUACUUGAGUCGCCACUGCAGCCUCCAGGGUGUGCAUUAGCAGCAGGCUGGAACUGGAAGUGGAUCUAGGACUUGGACCCAGGCACUCCAAUAUGGGAUGAGUCGAGAAGUUAGACUGGACACUCCAUCAGUAAAGAAAGAAAAGGACAAAGUCUGAGUGAAAGUGAAUUUGCUCCAAAAAACCUGUGACAUCAUUGUCAGGGAACUAAAAGGCGCAUAAAAGACGCGGUGAGUGAGAGAGGAACCACUUGCUCUGUGGGAAGAAGGCGUGGCCAUGGCCGGCGCCUACGAUGCGAACGUUCGCAUUCCCAGCGACGCGGACUGAACAUCUUCCUGGGAUUCCAGACACUUUCGUGGACUGGAUGGCCACGAAGAAUGGACUCUGAGGACAGCGACAUGGAUUUAAGUCAAAUCGAGCAACCUCGGCUGACCAUUACCGAGAAGUUCACAGGGAAUUUCUGAAGGAAUGCAGAAAGUUAACGAAAUCCAACCUAAACAAUUUUACACAAUUUGAACCAUCUCCACGCUUUUAUCAGAACCGUAGGUAUGAAGAGCAAGGCUCUAUAGCAUGCCAUGUGCCUCAAAUUCUAAACAAAUUCAGAAUUUCCGUCUCAGAAUGUCGAGCCCAGGAUUCUAUUGGAUGGCCAUCAUCAAAAAUUCAAAUCUAGAAGGAGCCAAUCAGAUUCGAGAUCAGGCCUAUAUUCCUGCCUACCCUCUGGGAAAGAGCCAACCAGAAUUGGCAGUGGGCGUGGACUAACAUGGAAGAGUAUAUAAGGGCGGCUCUGCCUCUGGUGGAACGCGAGUGUCCUGUAGAGGAUCGCCCGACGGACGUGCCGUCUAAAUUCUCACCAGAUAGUUUCUCCGAGGACUCCGGUCCUGUGACCAGAACCAAAAUCAGUCAGAAAUAUAUGGCUGUGGUGAACUGGCACGUGGAAAACGGCACCACGUCAGGAAAACCAUGGAUGCAGGAGAACAGCAAGUCUUACCUCAGCUUCAGCUCGACCAAGAACGCCAGGAGCCAAAUCAGGUCGGCCCUGGACAACUUCACCAAGGUCAUGGGCCUGACCAUAAUGGUUCUGGACUGCCUGGUGGGGGUGCUGGCUCUGCCAGACACUGCCAACGGCCGGACCCACCAAAUCCUACAGAUGAGCGGCUGCCAUCGGGCCUGUGCCGGCAGCGUGUGGGCGGCAUGGUGUCCUUGCCAAUACGGCAGACGAAACACCACCUGGUUGUUUGGACCUGUGACCACGCGAAGGAGCAGUAUCGCGGAGGCUACUGCCCGUGCUGCUCCCUGCUAUGGUUGCGCCAAAUGGACAAAUGAGAUCUUUCCCUUCAGGGGCUGCGUCGAGCAGAUGACCAUCUGGUGGGAGGAGGAAAAGAGGACGGCCACGGUGGUGGACGCCGUCAAGGCCACUCCCAGGGGCGGCAAGGUCCGUGCAGACCAAAUAUGCAAAUCCUCCGCUCAGGUGGAACCGACUCCCGCCGUCGCCGUUGCCGUCAUCACUGGCAACGCCGACAUGGGCAUGGGCGCGGUGGCCGAUGGGAAGCCGACAAACUCCCAACACCAGCAACGGCUCCAGGACCAGAGGUCCACGUUUGAACGUACCCGACGUUUGACGCCUGGCUUUGGCGAACGUUUGCCUAAACGAGAAGCCAAAAGCUUUUUCCGUUGGGUUUCCGAUCCCAUGACUGACGUGACUCUUGAGUUCUUCGUCGGGAAGACCGAGUCAGAGGGAAGGCCCGCCCCUUCCGGUGAUGGAAAGAAUAGAAGGCCGGCGGAAAAGCCCGCUCUUGCGUUCGAGCCCCACGUUCCUUCUGCCUCUGGAAGACUUGGCGGAGGAUAAACUCCCUUAUGACUUUGAAGAGUGGCUUGGUCUUGAGUCGGGUACCCCAAAAUUCAAAGCCAAUCAACAGCAUCAAGACUCUGCUAUAGUCUUGAUGUUACCCGGAUGUAAAUAUGUAGGCCCUGUCAAUGGUCCAGACAAGGAAAAGCCUGUCAGUCAGGUAGAGACCACUGUUCUUGCUGCUCUCAGGGUACAACGAGAUAAUCCGUACCUCAAGUACAACCACAUGGACACCUAGUUCCAAGAGGUACUCAAAGACACCUCUUCUAGAGGUGAUCUCAGCAAGGCUGUUUCCCAGGCCAAAAAAGUGGAUAGUGGAAUCCUUCGGUCUGGUUGAGGAAAGCAACAUGGCCCUGGGUAAAAAGAGACCUCUGCCUGAAGAGAAGACUCUAGAACAGGCUCAUGGUUCUGGUCCUGAAAGUCUUAAAAUACUUUUCGAAAAAAGAAGUUAAACACUGUCAAUGCUAGAGCAGUAUCCUCCUCACACGUAGCCUCCUCAGAUGCACCUUAAAUUUGGGCUCUACUACAAUGUCUGCAGGAGGAGGUGUACCAAUGGGUGAUAAUAACCAAGGUACCAUGGUACUCAGAUGGGCACUGAGGUUCCAAAUGGAUGGGGAACACCAUGUCCACCCGAACCUGGGUCCUGUCCAGCUACAACAAUUACCUCUACCAACAAAUCUCCAGUAUCAGAACAGCCAGAAAUGUCAGUGCCCACUUCAGGUGCAGCACCUCCUGGGAAUACUUGAACAGGUUCCACUGCCACUGCAGCCUCCGAGACUGGCAAAGACUCAUCAACAACCACUGGGGAGUCUGUCCCAAGACUCUCAAAGUCAGAGUCUUUAAUAUACAAGUCAAAGAAGUCAUGACUUGCCAACAACCUCACGCCCAUGGUCCACGUCUUUGCUGAUUCUGAGUAUCAGGUCCCCUACCUUCUGGGCAGUGCAACAGGGGGCUGCCUGCCGGUGUUCCUCCAGAGGCCUUUACACUCUUGCAGUGACGAUGACAACACCGACAGUCCUAUAGAUAGAAGCACCCUUUACUCCCUGGUGUACUUUCCUGGCAAGAUGCUGAAGCCCAGCAACAACUCUGAAUUUGCCUUCCAAUUUGAAGAAGUGGCCCUCUAUUCAAGAUUUGUACCCAGUGAGCUUUUCAACAAACUGGCUAAUCUGCAGGUUGAUCAAUACUUGUGGAAGCUGUCAAUUCAGGAACACCCAUCUUCAAAGUUUCCAAUUGGCAAAACAUACCAAAACAGCCUGAGCAGAGCUGUAUAUAAAACACAGGCUCAGAACACUGCCUAAGAACAAAUUUCAACCAAACUGUCAGCAGCAACAAUCGAUUCUUCUGAAUAACUAUAAUUAUACCUCAAAACCAGGACCAGAUAUAAUAGUCACCCAUCAAGACGGAACUAAUUUUGUUCCUAGGACAUCACCAUGAUUUUUCAAUGAUGAUAAGAUUGUACUAAGGGACACACCCUUACUCUUGUUUCUGAGUUACUUAUUACUUGAUGAGAGUGUAACAACAGCCACCAGCCCUCAGGUUUACAACAAUGCUGACAGAGUGACCACCAACAACCAAAGUGUAUCAACAGCUCUUAGAACAGGUCUCUUUAAUCACUGAGGAACCAUACCCGGUCCUGCCUGGAUGUCAUGAGACAUCUAUCAUCAGGGACCUAUUUGAACCAAAAUUCCGAUACCAAAGAACAUUUCCAUCCCAGUCCUCAUUUGGGUGAAUUUGGACUCAAAAAAACCACCACGCAUGUUGCUUAUUAAGAACUGUUCCUGGAAAUGUGACUGCUUUCACAGAUAGGCAAUCUUCUCAUCACCCAGUAUGCAACCAUUUCAGUGCCAAUGGAGAUGACCUAGAGACUCAGGGAAGAAAUUUCUAAGAGGUAGAAUCCAGAGAUGCAGGACACUAACAACUACAAGAGCCCAACCUACGUGGAUUUUGUCCCCUCAGAUCAGGGAGUGUACAGAAGUACCCGAACUACCUAACCAAGCCUUGUAAUUAUGUUUUCAAUAAACCGUUGUAUUCGUUU